CAUAAUCUGGCUUCCUGAAGCUCCGAAGCACUCGAUUAUUCGGCAAUGCAUAACUGCCUGAUUGUGCGUCGAUCAUUCUCCCACAGUUAACUGCGCCGGUGAAUGUCUGCAGGAGGCGACAGAGUCAGCGGCCACGCAUCGUGGGUCUCAAUAUCGUACCCAGUGAUCUCAACCUGAAUCAACGGGAACGCCCCUCACUUCAUUUGCUCCGUCGCAGACACUCGAGCGCGGCUCCAUCCCGUUCAAAAUGCAUGACAAUCGCACCCAUCCCCUCCUCCAACAAGUCCCGCUCACCGUCUCCCCCUUCGUCAAGCUCCCCACCGCGACCACCCUCCCCUACCGCUACAAGCCGAUGCCCUCCACUCUCCCGCCCUCGGUGACAGGAAUCCCCCCGACGACGACGACGACGGACGACUCCAGCAACGGCAGCGGCAACAACCCGGACGGCGCGCACCCGUCGUCGUCGUCGGCGGGAGCGGCGCCGCCCAAGCCGCGGUACGUCGUCUCGCCGUCGGGCCACGCCGCGCACCCGGACGAGAUCCUGGAGUCGUGCCGGGCGCUGCUGGCGCACGUCACGCAGAUGUGCGCCAAGGCCGAGCAGGACCUGGCCGCGCUCGACGAGCGCAUCCGGGCCCGCGACCUGGCCGAGAAGCGCCGGGUGGCGCCCGGCUGGCUGGACAGCGAGGCGCGGCUUCUCGAGCCGGAGAAGAAGGCGCCCGUCUCCACCAACACCACUACCUCUUCCUCUUCCUCAGUGGCAGGAGCGGCGGGGUCCGCGGUUGGAGGGCAGGGCUCGGAGGCGACCGGGGGAGGAAAGGCGCCGGGUGAGAUGCUCCUGCAGCAGCCUGUUAAAGGAUUUGCCGGAGAGUAUGGGAGCGGCGGCGGGAAUGGGGUUGGGAAUGGCGGUGAGCAGGAAUCCGCUGGCCCAUGUGAGAUGGCCGUGCCGGAUGAAGGGGAGCAGCUGGAUCGCGCUUUCGGGACGCUGAAAUUACGGGGAAGCUGAGUUUCUUGCCGCAGCCUGCAGAGCGUCUCGUGGAGGGUUCGAAUUGGGAGUGGGUAUGACCAUCACCUGGGAGAGGUCCAGUUGACUU